AUGUCUGAUCACAAAAAAUUCGUGGAGAGGAAUGACGUUGCUGUUACCGAAACGCAACUCCUGAAGGAAAAAAAAAUGAAACACGAGGCGUUAAGACAAGGUGAACAACGGCAUGAUUAUAAGAUACUAACCAGAGAACCAACACGAAGCUUCACACAGAGGGAUUCAAAGCUGCAAAAAGUGACUACCAUUCUCUCGAUGACAUCUCAGAGAAAGUGCAGUGAUGAAAUUGUAGAUACUGGCUCCAUUGUGAAGAGACAAAGCUGCAGAAGAAAUCACUACAACGCCAAAGAAUCGAGAAACCACCAUCAUAAGAGAUCGGCGCGAAUUUCGACGACUGAUUCCAUGGCAUUCGGUGAUGAAUCUUAUCUGGUAAUUCAGGGGAAAUCGUUCUUAUGUGGAAAGGAAAGAGAACAAACCCCUCCAUCUUCAUCUAAUGAACCAAACGAUGUAAGGCGGAUUAUACCGGGAAUUCUUGAUAGCCCCAAAAAAUCGACACAAGAUACGCUGCCCGUUAUAUCAGGGCCAUUUUUCCGACCUUGGUCCAAAGAAAAGAGGGAAAGGAAGAAACUUAACAGCGACCCAGAAGAACGGCAGACGUCAAAGCGCGAAAUUUUUAAUUUGCAAGAAAUACUAGCCGAGGUUGAAGAAAUCUGGCAAGCUAACAUCGAAAGUCACACCGGUGAAGAGUUUAUUCCUUUAGUAAUGCAAUGCAAAGUUUUUGAUGCAACGCUACAGGGGAUGGGGCUGCCAAGCAACGAGGGCAGAGAAAACCCUUACAAUUUUAAAGAGUCUGAUGAAGAGUGUGAAUCAACCAUAACAGUCAACCCUUACCAUAAUGAACAGUUUUUAAGUAAGAAAUCUCUAAGGAAAAGAGUAAUGUCAUACUAUGACCAUGGGGGUCUUAUUGGGCCUUUUGAAUCAAUCUUUGGCGAAAACUUUAAUCGAAAACGUCCCGGAAACAAAAUCCAAUUUAUGCGCUCGUUUUCGGAGACAAAGUCGGGAACUUUUCCAUACGCUGUUCCACAUUUUCGACUUCCAUUACUCCCCUCUUCAAGAAACGAACUAGUAAGAAUAGCUAAAGUGCUAACAAGGUGUAAAUUAUUACCAUGGCAACUUCAAGAUAUGCAGAACCAGAGCUCAAAGGCAAAAGAACGCUUUGCCAGAAAACCAAAGAACAGGGAAGAUGUAAAGGGCGGCAUCAGUUUCUCAGAGCGAAGCUGUCGCAAAACGGAGCUUCAGGUUUUUAUACCAGCGAGUGAGUGACUUUUUGGAUCAGAUUUACACUGUUAAUUAAUGGUAAUAGUUUAUGAAAAGAAGGCUUCUUUUUGUUGAUAUAAGACACUUCAGAUAUAAUGAACUUGUGUCUGGCAAAAUUUUGCUCGUUAGCAUUGUCGUUAAACAUUUAUAGUACAGGUCCAACCGUACGUACCUUCAAUGAAAGUUACUGACACUAUAUGAACCAGGGGUGUAAAAGUAAAACUCAUGGUCGAUAAGUCUGGAACUUCUUUAGGAUGUAAAGGAAACGUCUUUCAGGUUUUGUUAGCCAGUGUUCUCUUUUAACUGAACCUCAGUUAUAACCACAAAGCUGCUUAUUCUCCGAAAAAGACGGAACAGUUCCUUAACCGUAGAGCUGGAAAUUACAGACUGAGGCCUCAUACUUGCACUGAGUUUUGGUGUUUCAACAAUUUUAGGGUAACAUACCAUCAAAUUCGGACAAAUUUAUGGUCCCGGGGUUCCCUGUAAGAGAGCGUAUUGCUCUAAAACUGGCGAAUAACCUUAUAUAAAAAUAUAAAAUCAAAUAAAAAAUCAAAAGUGUGAUAUUCGCUAUGAUAUAUACUAGCCAUGGUGACCAGUGACUUUACAAGAAUUGAUGUGGGUUCGCAUUCUAGACUGAACCUCUUCUCCUCUUUUUAAGUGGCUUUCCUGUCUAGUAUGUAGUUAAUUAACUGAGGGAGUCUAUCUUUAAGGCUGAAGUUUAUGCAAGCUGGUCAAUCAAAUCGUUAUUGUAAUUUUUAAAAUUACAAUAAUAACAAUAAUCUUUCACUGAAUUACUAAUCAAUACUGAAAUGAUUCGUUUACUCGUCAAGAGUCAACUUUUCACUUUUUUCUUGCCCGCGGCACAACGUGCACUUGCCGGCCAUUAGACAGCAUUGCUAUCGUCUUGGUUGCUGAGAAGAGGGCGCUUUUUCGAAGGGAUAAAUCAAGCGAGAAGUACCACUGUUCAGCGCGAUAAUUCAAUAACUCACCCAAUUUCCACUCAGUGUAAUGCGUUAGUGAUGUACUGAUUUCCAUUUCCGAUCAUUAACACCGGCAAGGCAAAGGUAUUUUGCAGAACACCGAAUGGUCGCCUAGCGCCGAAUGACUUGUUUAGUGAUUAGCGUUACUAGUAAACUAAGUGAAUCUGUUGCUCAUCACCAUACUACCUCACUUCCGCUCAUUGCAGUACCGUAUAUUUCUGUAUAAAAUUUCGUGGUAGCUCCUAAUAAACCUGAGGAAGACUGGUAUUGGCCAUUUUAAAGAGUCUGAUGAAGAGUGUGAAUCAACCAUAACAGUCAACCCUUACCAUAAUGAACAGUUUUUAAGUAAGAAAUCUCUAAGGAAAAGAGUAAUGUCAUACUAUGACCAUGGGGGUCUUAUUGAGCCUUCUGAAUCAAUCUUUGGCGAAAGCUUUAAUCGAAAACGUCCCGGAAACAAAAUCCAAUUUAUGCGCUCGUUUUCGGAGACAAAGUCGGGAAUUUUUCCAUACGCUGUUCCACAUUUUCGACUUCCAUUACUCCCCUCUUCAAGAAACGAACUAGUAAGAAUAGCUAAAGUGCUAACAAGGUGUAAAUUAUUACCAUGGCAAUUUCAAGAUAUGCAGAACCAGAGCUCAAAGGCAAAAGAACGCUUUGCCAGAAAACCAAAGAACAGGGAAGAUGUAAAGGGCGGCAUCAGUUUCUCAGAGGGAAGCUGCCGCAAAACGGAGCUUCAGGUUUUUAUACCAGCGAGUGAGUGACUUUUUGGAUCAGAUUUACACUGUGAAUUAAUGGUAAUAGUUUAUGAAAAGAAGGCUUCUUUUUGUUGAUAUAAGGUACUUCAGAUAUAAUCAACUUGUGUCUGGCAAAAUUUUGCUCGUUAGCAUUGUCGUUGAACAUUUAUAGUACAAGUCCAACCGUACGUACCUUCAAUGAAAAUUACUGACACUAUAUGAACCAGGGGUGUAAAAGUAAAACUCAUGAUCGAUAAGUCUGGAACUUCUUUGGGAUGUAAAGGAAACGUCUUUCAGGUUUUGUUAGCCUGUGUUCUCUUUUAACUGAACCUCAGUUACAACCACAAAGCUGCUUAUUCUCCGAAAAAGACGGAAGAGUUCCUUAACCGUAGAGCUGGAAAUUACAGACUGAGGCCUCAUAGUUGCACUGAGUUUUGGUGUUUCAACAAUUUUAGGGUGACACACCAUCAAAUUCGUACAAAUUUAUGGUCCCGAGGUUCCCUGUAAGAGAGCGUAUUGCUCUAAAACUGGCGAAUAACCUUAUAUAAAAAUAUAAAAUCAAAUAAAAAAUCAAAAGUGUGAUAUUUGCUAUGAUAUAUACUAGCCAUGGUGACCAGUGACCUUACAAGAAUUGAUGUGGGUUCGCAUUCUAGACUAAACCUCUUCCCCUCUUUUUAAGUGGCUUUCCUGUCUUGUAUGUAGUUAAUUAACUGACAGAGGGAGUCUAUCUUUAAGGCUGAAGUUUAUGCAAGCUGGUCAAUCAAAUUUUUAUUGUAAUUUUUAAAAUUACAAUAAUGACAAUAAUCUUUCACUGAAUUACUCAUCAAUAAAUGAUUCGUUUACUCGUCAAGAGUCAACUUUUCACUUUUUUCAUGCCCGUGGCACAACGUGCACUUGCCGGCCAUUAGACACCAUUGCUAUCGUCUUGGUUGCUGAGAAGAGGGCGCUUUUUCGAAGGGAUAAAUCAAGCGAGAAGUACCACUGUUCAGCGCGAUAAUUCAAAUUACUCACCCAAUUUCCACUCAGUGUAAUGUGUUAGUGAUGUACUGAUUUCCAUUUCCGAUCAUUAACACCGGCAAGGCAAAGGUAUUUUGCAGAACACCGAAUGGUCGCCUAGCGCCAAAUGACUUGUUUAGUGGUUAGUGUUACUAGUAAACUAAGUGAAUCUGUUGCUCAUCACCAUACUACCUCACUUCCGCUCAUUGCAGUACCGUAUAUUUCUGUAUAAAAUUUCGUGGUAGCUCCUAAUAAACCUGAGGAAGACUGGUAUUGGCCAGUCGAUGUAUCGUAGCUUAUGGUGGCCCACAACUGUCACGGCAAAAACAAAAACCUCACGGCAAAAACAAAAUAUCUCACGGGAAAAAUAAAUUAUCUCACGGCAAAACCAAAAACAUAUACAAAGACCCUCGCCAAGAUUCAGGUCAGGGAAAUAUUUCCUAUACGAGCUGUUUUACCCAAACUUAUAGAGAUUUGUAUGGAGACGCCAUGCUGGUGCUCACCUGGAUGAGCUUCAUGGCGGACGGAAACCAGCAGAAACAUCUGUUACCUAGUUUUGCUACAAAAGCGUGAAUUUAUUCUUCGAGAAACUCAUAAACAUUAAAGUAAUAAUUUUUCUAAUACAUGAACUGUUUAUUAAUUAGAUAGCAAAAUUUCCUGAAAUAAGUCAUUUUUUUCUAUCUUGGCCGUCAUGUAAAUGCCGCGUCACGCAAAAGCUUAGAAAUUCAAGCGUACUAUCACAGAACCGAGAACCCUUUUAAAGCGAAAAUUUGUAUGAAGAUUAGUUUUCAGCUGCUCUAAUGCAUCGUGAAAGCAAAAACUCGGUAGGAUCGAUAGUUUUUUAGUAUGAAUUUUUAGUGACAAUAUGUGAAAAUAAAAUUUGGGAUCACUUGUUCUCCAUUUCCGCGUACCUUAAGCGCGUGGCUUCUCGCGAUAACCAUCUCCCAAAUGGGGGAGCUUGCUCGCAGGUAAAAUGAAUUAAAGAGUAACCCCGUUAUUUAGCCAUUUAUCUGGCCACCAUGAACUACCAUGGCCGCCGCAAAUAGGCUUUUCGAUCUGUCCCUGUUCUUCAUUACUUUAGGAACCAGCAAAAUCAGAAUCAGGAGCUCGUAGUACAGUGGGCCAUUCUGUUGUUAUGAUAGUUACAUUUUUUUUCAUGCAAAUAAAACCAAUUUUCAGAAAAAGGUUUUGUACUUGGCCUCGCUUUGAAAUUGAGGGUUUUUGGAACUUUCUUCCCCAGCGGUUCCACCAAAUUGCGGUAAGCUGGACACCACUUUACAUAUUAUACUCGUCCCAGACCUUUUCGAAAAAAAGGAAAUCUUGUCGCCAUACUCGUAAUGACAUUUUACAAAUGGAAGGCUUGAUCAAAUGUGCUUCGUGUGCACAAAUGGCUGUUAUAAGUUGAUAAAGGAUCAAAAGCACGAUCAUUGGGAAGAACGAAUGAAUGUUGUUUACAAGAGUGGCUUCGCUUUCCUGGAGAAUGAUCGUGAACAAAUGGAUGGUGGUAGGAUUUCUACUCGCGCUGUUGAUUCUUGAAUUCCAGAUUCUGCGUUCAAGGCCUUUUACACAACAAAUUCAUGAAAACGGUAGGAUUUCAGAUUUAAGGUGAAAUUUAUUGUAUGACUAGCUCCAAGGAAAAGUCUAGUCUAGUGAAAAAAUGUUAAUGUUAACAUAAUGAUUAUGCAUGCCGAAGUACAUAUGCGAGUCGUAUGCUAAAAAUGUUUUUGUCAUCGGGUGUGCGGAAUGCUCUUUAUAUGACUACAAUUUAAUUCGCGUAUUAGAACUUCGUAAGCUCGUAAUAAAAGAUAUUUCUCUGCAAUAUAGGGUCAAAAAUAGGGCAAGAACGCUUCACACUAAAUUAUUAUUGCCAUCCAGUCUCCUAGUAAGACGCUUAAGUCAAUUAUAAACCUGGAUUUCAGAAAACAAGUCUCUUCGAAUAUUAUGAUUACUGGGUAGAUAUUAAGUUUCAACAUCGCCGGUAUGUUCUUUAUCCAGUUUGCUUGUGGCUUGAUUUCCCUUCACGCAAGAAUUUUGAAUUGUUAUCAUUUUUGUAAAGUCUAGAGACACUUAUUGUUGAAACUUUAUGGUUGUUGUGCUCCUUUUUAGUCCUAUAUGAGAUUUAUUGCCUUGAAACACCUUGAUGAAAUUUUUCAUGCAAAUCUUUUGUAAAUUUCUUUGCCCUGUUGGAAAGCAAAGUGCAUGAGACAUCAUCUAGUCUGAUGUACCAAUUGCAUUUUUUGGAAUAAAAAAGUUGUUCCAACAUUGCUGACAAUGGUGUAAUUAAAAUAUGAUCUGGGUUAUUUAAAAUAGAGGCCUGUAAUUAUUAUAUUUACAUUUAUUUAAUAUGUAACGGCAACUGAAAAAAAAGGUGAGUUUUCCUUCCCUUGCAUGUAGCAAGUGGCUGAAUUACUAAGGGAUCAGAGAGGUGAGAUGAGGCAAAAGCGUGUUAGCGUUGUCCGUGAUAUCCUCAUAGUCUUUUGUUCUAUUUCAGAGCUCGGUUCUUUACCAGUUGAGGCUGUAAGAGCAAUAUCAAGUAACAUUCAUAAGGUACUUAUCCUAAUAUAUUGUAAACUUUAUGUCAGCUUUCUAUUAUUUACUAUAUCUAAUUUUAUACCUUUUUCAUUUUUAGAGGAUAUUCUUUGAUAAUGCUGUGUUCCAAGUAGUGAGCCAAUAAUUAUAAAUGAAUAAAUAAAUAAAUAAGUAAGUAAAUAAAUAAAUAACAAAUAAAUAAAAAAAUUAAGGUUGGAAGUCACUCAGGAAGUUAAACCUUGACAUGAUCCUAAACGUAAUUCUUGAAACUUGAAAAUGUUAUUUUGAAAGUUAAAUGUAUGUGUCAAGUUUUCGAUCAUGUUGCUCAAGAUGGAAAAAAAUAUGACAUGAACAGACAACUAUAGCAAUCAUUAAUCUUGAAUAAUAAUACUCCAAUUUAAUUUUUGCAUAUAAUCACCUUUUUAAUCUGUAUUUUCUAAUACCGUCAGCUUCCUUUAAGGAGGGAUACAAUCUUGAACAGUGGAAGUAAAGAUGAUGACCUUGUGAUAUUCUACAACAGAGUUCCGAAGACUGGAAGUACCUCUUUCAUGGGAGUUGUGUAUGAUCUUUGCUCCAAAAAUAAAUUCUAUGCUCUUCACUUAAAUGUGAGUCGAAAUGCUCACGUUAUCUCUCUUCCUGACCAAAUGCGGUUUGCAAGAAAUAUUACUACAUGGAAGGAGAAGAUGCCAGCAGUUUAUCAUGGUCAUCUUGCCUACGUUGAGUUUGAGAGACUUGGUGUGUAUAAGAGACCAUUGUAUAUAAACAUUGUGAGAAGACCUCUUGACAGACUUGUGUCGUACUAUUAUUUCUUGAGAUUUGGUGAUACUUUUAGACCAUAUCUUCGAAGGAUGAAGCAAGGAGACAAAGAGGUAAUAAAAAACCUUUGUUGAUCAUACUAAAUAGUAAAAUUUAAUGUUUCAUCUUAAUAAGUGAACUUUAUGUUUAACAAUUACUAUACAUCUUAGGCCCCACUCAGGCACUGAUCUUUUCAUGAGCCGACCAAAUUUGAAUUUGGGCCGACCUAUUUUAUUUAGACCGGCUGAAUUGAUUCAGACAGCGAUCUUAAAUGAACUAAAUUCAAAGGGAGAAAGAUGCUCAAUUCGGUCAAUUUGCUUGCAAAAUAUGUUAUAAUAAUAUAUGCAUUAGGUUCAGCACAUGAAAAGUUCAGCGUUUGAAUCAAUGGUUGAGCCAUUCCAAACUGAAAUACGUGAAGGCAUUCCAAAUUGAUUCAGACACCAAAAUUUUCAUGUACCUGAUUCAAUGUAUUAAGUUUGGAAGUCUGUUUUCUCCAAUAUUUUACUUUAACAUAGAAAAAAAUCUAGGCCUAACAUAGUGAGUAUUGAUAAGAGCAGAUUAACGGCCUGUUUACAUGGAGGUGGGGGACCCCAGGCAGUUGAGGGGACCCACUUAGGGUGGGAUAACCCACCUGUCCAUACAAUCUCUCAUAUGGUCACCCCCCCCCCCCCUAUCAUGUAAAGGUGAUAAAAUCAAAAUAACAGAUUAUAUGGACAUGUGGGUUACCCUACCUAAGCGGGCUACCUCACCUGCCUGGGGUCCGCCACCUCCCUGUAAACAGGCCCUAAGGGUUGUAAGCAAAAGAAUGUGUGGAUACUAGGCUCUAAAAGACUCUUGAUCCAACAUACAUUCUUUUUCAAUCCAACAGAAGACAAUUUGAAGCAGUGUUUAUUGGAAGUGGUCAAAUAGGGAAUUUUUGGGGUCCUUUUAAGUAUUCCUUCUUUGUCAAAACUUACAUUGCUGUAUUAAAAACAAAGUAUAUUUAGGAAUUCUUAAAGUAUUAAUCCUUGAGAUUCAUCUUGAAAUUUAGUUUAAUAUCAGGUUAAAGGAGGGCUGCGAAGAGGGUAUUCAUUUUUCUGUGACACAAAAUAGAAAGCCAGAUGGGGGUGGGGAGGGGGGGGGGUGGUGGUUAAAAGAAGAACAAUGAUGUCUUAAGAGUUAUCAUGAAAACAAUUGAGAGAUUAAUAUUAUUUUUUCAGAAUUUUGAUGAGUGUGUAGAACGAGGCCACCCAGAUUGCAAACCUGAGAAACUGUGGCUUCAAAUUCCAUUCUUUUGUGGUCAUGCACCUCAGUGCUGGUGAGUUUGUUGUGUUACUGUGAAUCAGAAUCUACAGUUGAACUUCAUUUGAUAAAAACCUCUUUACAAUGUAAAGCUCUGAUGUCAGUAAAGAUACUAUAAACAUAUAACUAGAGUACCAGUUAUCAUCACCAUCAUCAUCAUCAUCAUCAUACGUCGUCGUCGCCGCCGCCGUCGUCAUCAUCAGUAUCAUCGUCAUCAUCAUCAACAUUAUCAUCAUCAUCACCAUGAGAUCAUAUCUUGAAAUGUCAUUUUCCUUGAGUGAACAGUGCCACUUGUUUUCCAAAGAAGAAGGGAUUGAGUGAUCUCGCCCUUUGCUCGUUAGCAGUGACCGGCAAAUUGAAUACGGCACUUUGUCAGCUUUUGGGAUAAUGGUGGUAGUUUGCCGCAAAUCUGCUUACGCGUCGCGUGCUAUUUCGGACACUUCGGAGUAAGUUAGAAUAUGAUAGCUGAUAAGAUAAUAUUCAAUUAAAAUAUCAAAAAGUCAGUGAAAAGUGUCAAGUGUCACGCAUCCCUGACGGGUUUUCCGUUCAAUAUUCAUUUAAUAAGUCUUAAGUAUAUACUUUGUCAAAGCUCUGCAAGGUCCACGGUUUACAAGCUGGGAUUUAGUCAAUGAAUUGUUUUCAUUCUUUUUUCAGGUCUCCAGGAAACAAAUGGGCAUUAGAUCAAGCAAAAAGAAAUCUUGUGGAAAAAUACCUCCUAGUAGGAACCACUGAGGAAAUUGGUGAUUUUGUCGCCAUUUUGGAAGCAACUAUUCCAAGAAUCUUUAAAGGAGCCACAAAAUUAUUCAAUGAAGGUAAUUUGGGUUAAUAAGUUCUGUGCGAGUAUUCUUGUGACAUUUAACCUUUUCCUGACAGCUAGUCAUUUUUUUCUGAUAAGUGCCCGAACAAAAACCCUUUGCCUCAGUGCUAGGCUACAAAAUUCUGUUCCUUUUUUUGACUCGUGGGUACGCGCGAGCGUAUUACGAGUUAUUGCAGGGACAGGGAUAUGCAAAUGAGUCACUCGCUCAUUCGUAGUAGACGGACUUCGUAAUUAAUCGGGUCCGAACUCGAGAGUGCGAAGAUCUGUCGUUUCCGAAGAAGCACGCGCUCGCCGAAGUUCGAUGGGAUCAAAUUCCUCGCUGAGAGCGCGCAUCGUGCGCUGCUAACAGUUUUCUUUGUGGCAAAUUUUCUGCAGUACGGUUAGAGGUCUUUUAAAGAACCUGUAUGAGCCGAAAAUGGAUGUGAUUUUGUCCUUUAGCUUCAAAAUAUGAAACAGCGGAAAUUGCGAUAAAGAAACAUAUGUUUUGCGUCCUACUUCGCAGACGAGUUGUAUCGGCUUUGUAUGGCAUAUGUUCUUUCAUUGCCAUGAAAUGCGCAUACAUUUUUGCUGCCAAUAGCUUGGUUUAUACGACUCGAUCAUCUUUAAACGGCGUUUGCCGGCAGAAGUUCCAUGGAAAGGGCAUUUUCGCCAAGUGUACACAAUCAGCCUUAGUUGUGAAGUGGUAAGGUGAAGUCGCGUCGAGCCGAAGUUCCUGCUCAGUACCUUUUUUUUUCCUUUUUUUGGUUUGUUUGCUUUUUUGUUUUGUUGUUUUUCUAUAAAUAUAUACCUAAAUAAUUGUUAUUUAAUAAAGUGCAAGAAACAGGAAGAAAAGUAUUGUGUUUCCAGAGCAAUGAGUAUAUUUAUGCAUAAACAAUCUCAAGAGCCAUAAUAGGGGAUUAUGGCUCUUGACAAUAUAAAUUUCUAUCAUUUCCUACAAUUUACUGUGGGAAAACCAGAGUUGAUAACCAUUUGAUUAUUUUCUAAACAACGCACUCACGGGUUGACAAAAGUCUCCCUUUGAUUUAUUUUCUUGAACCUGCGAAAUCCCGCUCUGCAGACAGGCUCUACACCAACUGGAGUAACUCUGCUGCUGUCGAAAAGAUAUGCUUACUUAUAUUAUAUUUUAUACUUAUUUUCAUAACAGGUGGAAAGUCACAUCUCAGGAAGACAACCUCAAAGAAACCAUUAGAACAGUCUACAAUACAAUACUUCGAACAGUCUAAAAUAUGGAAAAUGGAAAAUGAAUUCUACGAAUUUGCGAAUAAGGUUUUUCAAACUGCAAAAAAGAGAGCAUUGACGUCCAAGUCAGGAUUACCUGAAGCAACAGGAAAACAGUUCUUUUAUGAAAAAAUAAGACCAAAAGAACCGUCAUAAAUGAAGAUACCAUAAAACUGUAGAAUUUUAAUAUAUAAUAAUUUUAUGCUUAACGACAUAAUUAGUGUUUCGUAAGUAAUGAAGUGACAUCAAUCUAAGAGGACAUAAUAGGUAUCAACAGACUAGAAGUUUACCUGUCAGUAACCACCCUCACGGCAAAAAGCAUUUUAUCUCUUGGACAGACACUGGUGGUUCGAACACUAGGUGCCCGGGCCCCUUUUUUAGAAGGUCAAAGGACUAAACAUUGCGCAUCAACUUCGUAUGUACAGACAUAAACUGUCAAGUUUGAAUUCAUUUCCAAUCUCAUUUCCUUCGACACUUAAGCGCAAUGAAUGACAUCUUUUGCUUCGUAGUUAUAGAAAAAUGGACAAGAAAAUGCCGAAGAAACGUGAUCCCCCCUUAGAACGAACCAGUUUCUUUGACACUUUGUUAUAUGGGGAAUCCACUGGACGUUUGCUCGUUUUCCUCUAGUCUGCCGAAGCCCUGUGUUGAACAUUCAUACCAACAGUAUAUUGACCGGAGCUCG